AAUAGAAUGUUUGAAACAAAGUUUAUUCCUUUUUUAGUCGUAAGUGUGUUGGGUUUUGUAUUAAAUGGAUUAAGAAAUACUUUAAAUCAAUAAUAAUUCAUAGCAUUUUUAGGAUAUAUGGGAUUAAGUGUAAUUGCAUACGUGUUAUCAUAUUGGAUGAUUCCUAAAAUUGCAACAUUAACUGUGAAGGCAGAUAUUUUUGGUUAUGAUAUAAAUAAAAAAGGUAGGAUUUUGAAUUAAUUUUUUUAGGAACAGAGGCUGGCAAGGUAAAAAUUCCAGAAUCAUUAGGAAUAGUUCCUGCAACAAUCUAUCUUAUAUUUAAUAUCUUAGGAAUACUAUUUACUAGAGCAUAUAUGCCUGAUUUGAUAUUAUCACAUAUAUCAGGGUUGUUGGCAAUAACUUUUAUUGUCUUUUUGGGUUUUGCAGAUGAUGUCUUAGAUUUGGCUUGGAGAUAUAAAUUAUUACUACCACCAAUAGCAAGUUUACCUGUUAUUGUUGCAUACACAGGAGGAACAUAAAUAGUUUUACCUUUGAUGGUUAGACCAUUUCUUGGAUAAUCAAUAGAUUUAGGACCAUUAUAUUAUCUGUACAUGAUUAUGCUUUCAACUUUUUAAUCAAAUGCAAUAAAUAUUUAUGCUGGAGUAAAUGGAUUAGAAGUUGGACAAUCAAUAAUAAUUGCUUUAUCAAUUGCGAUCUAUAAUAUCAUUGAAAUUUCAACAUAAUAAUAACAUUUAUUUAGUCUUAUGAUAAUAGUUCCAUACAUUUUAUCAGCAUUAGCCUUGUACAAUUAUAAUAGAUAUCCAUCUAAAGUAUUUGUUGGAGAUGUAUUUUGUUAUUGGUCUGGAAUGACAUUUGCAGUUGCAGCUGUUCUAGGUCAUUUUUCAAAGACUUUGAUGUUGUUCUGUAUUCCACAACUUAUUAAUUUCUUAUAUUCACUUCCAUAACUUUUUGGAAUUAUUCCAUGUCCAAGACAUAGACUACCAAGGUACAAAUCAUUUAAUGAUAUUUAGAUAUGAUGAAAAGACAGGUUUAUUAUACCCAAUUAAAACUAAUCUGACUUUAAUUAAUUUGGUUUUGCUUAUUAAAGGACCAACUAGUGAAAAGAAUUUAUGCAGAGUUUUAUUAUCAUUUUAAAUACUAUGCACAAUAAUUGGUUUUACUAUUAGAUAUUUAGGGUCAUAGAUGUUUUUUUGA